UUGAAUGAAAUCCCAAUAAGUAGUUGGUUAGCUACCCCCUCGGUUCAAAAACACUUUUAAAUAACCCAAACAUAUCCCUUCCUCCCCCACUAGUCUUCAAUUUCAGGUAUCUAAAAUUCCUGGUAUCCGAUAGAGCUAGAAACAUAUUAAAAAAAAAAAAAAAUGGGAGUAUGUUUCUCUUGCAGAUCAUCAUCAUCAUCAUCAUCAUCAUCUUCAUCUGCAGCGGAGAGUACCAGCACUGUACGUGUGGUUCAUCUCAAUGGCUAUGUAGAAGACUUUGAGCAACCAGUUUCGGUUAGCCAAAUUACAGGGAAGCCUUCAAAGCAUUUUGUGUGCACUCCUGCUCAGCUUCUAUCUUCAGGGUCCAAACCCUUGAAACAGGACGCUCUGCUUCAACCAGGCCAAAUCUAUCUCUUGCUUCCUUACUCUGCCUUACAAGCUGAUGUUUCACCACUAGACUUGGCCUCCAUAGUUAGGAAGCUCACCUCAGCGGCGAAAUCUAGCCGGAACAGUGGUAGUGAUUCCCGUAAGUCUCCCGGUUCAAGUCCUUUGCGAUCACCACAUGGUUCUAGGCCGGCGUGGAAUUCAUCUUUAUCACCGUCUAGGAGUAGUCCUAACCGGUUUGCAGAGCCCGAGUUUGGUUUGAUGGGAAAUGGUGGACAGAGGUCGUGUAGAGCACGUUCAUGGAAGCCUAUUUUGGACACCAUUAGAGAGAGAUCGUUUACCAGGAGGAGUGAAUCGGAUAUUCAAGAAAGAGUAUUUGGAGCCAUUGAAAAAGGUAGCUUAGCUAGCUAGAUAUUUUGGUCAGGGUAAGGUAUGGUACAUAUUCUUGUGAGUUAAAUUUGAUCAACGAAAAAGCCAAAAGAGAAGAAAUUAACCUAGAGAUACUUUCAUGUAUUGUAUACUGGAUGGUGUUUGGUUAAUGGGAAAAUGGUGAAAUGGGUUUUCGAUGAUCAUUAUUAAUUUUCAUCUCCUCAAUUGGAUUGUUUUAUACUUUCUUUUUUCCAUUUUAGAGCUUAAAAUUUGAUUC